GAAAUUUAAAUUAUUUAAAGUUAUAUUAAAUGAAAUGUCUUCUAUAGUAUAGAAAUUAACAUGGUUUUACUUGCAACUAAAGUCAUCGAGCAGACUGCCUAUCGAUAAUGGCUUAUCGCUGCAACUGGCAUAUUUUAAAAUACAGCAUGGGGUCACACUGUCCGCCAACACUACGCGGUUGUUUCUUCCUUGUACAAAAGUUGAUGUAUUUUGCAUUUAUGUUUAAUUAGUAUUUAGAAAUAUGGCCAUUGUGCUGUGUGAAUUGGCGCGGGAGUGCUCGGACAACGAGCAAGACUCUUCGUUUAUAUACAACAAAAGACAAUGGCGCAUCAUGGAAUCUCUGGCGCCAAAUGCAAACGAAUUGAUUUCAAUCAUAACAAACUUUGCCAAAAUACGCACCAAAAAGCUACACUUCAAAAUAUUGGAUUCAACGGUCGUCUUGCAGCAGAUAGCAGCAUCAACGUUUCACUCAGCAAAUCAACAUGACUUGCAGUUGGCUUCAGAGUUAUUCCCGUUAAUAUUCAUCAAUUAUGCACCCACGCUGGAGUUCCAAGUGAUGCAGGAGCAGCAUGAACAACAGCGCGAACUAAAGAGCUAUGUGACCACACAGCUCUACAAUGCACUGUACUGCAAACACCAGGAGUCGGCCGCAAACGAGGAGAAGGAGAAGCCGCCAACUGUUUCACUGCCAAGUUGUUUCAAAUCGCAGUUGCGAGGGUAUCAACAACGCACGGUCAGCUGGAUGCUCAGCCGUGAAUGCCAGCCCAAUGUAUUUCCUGCCAAUUUUACAAUAUGCCAUGCCAACGAUGGCAAGCAUAAAGUCUGGAAGCACAAUUAUUGCCUGCAGUUCUAUGAAUGCGAUGAAGAGGAAGAGUUACUGCCAAAUGUAAGAUUGCCACCAGGUGGCAUACUUGCCGACGAAAUGGGUUUAGGCAAAACCGUAGAGCUACUAGCAACGCUGCUGCUUAAUCCGAAGCAGCAUGUGGAUAACACUUAUUGGAACGUCAGCUUGGAGGAAGCAAUCGAUUCUGUGCCCCUCAAGCGUCGUUGCUUGGCACCUAAAGUACAUUGCAUUUGCAUCGAACAAUCAGCGGCUAAGCUGCUUGUCAAGUGCACGCUGUGCCAGCUGUGGCAGCAUCAGCAGUGCAUCAAAGACAGCCAUAGCGACUAUGUGUGUCCCAAUUGCUGGACAGAAUUGAUGAGCAUGCCCCAGGCACAGCUAGUGGAAUCACGUGCUACCAUCAUAGUGUCACCCAGUGAGAUUAAGACACAGUGGCAUCAAGAGAUUAGCAAGCAUGUGGACGGCACACUCAAGGUGCUGCUGUAUCCCGGUCUGCAUGCGGGUGUCUGGUACAGUCCCUUGGAGCUGGCGCAGUAUGACAUUGUGGUGACCGAUUAUCGCAUUCUGGGCCACGAGAUACACCAUACGCCGCGAAAUUCAACCGAUCGCGAAAUGCGUUACGAGCAGCGCUAUAUGCGUCCCAGUUCUCCGCUCUUGAUGGUCAACUGGUGGCGCGUCUGCUUGGACGAAGCGCAGAUGGUGGAGAGCAGCACUUCGCAGGCGGCGGAGAUGGUCAGCCAGCUGCCGGCGGUGAAUCGUUGGGCUGUUACUGGCACGCCGAUUCAAAAGACCAUUGAUGAUUUGGCGCCGCUGCUGAAAUUCGUGGGCUUCCACGAGGCUUGUGAGCCUCAAGAUGCCUGGCACACGGUGGCAAAUUCGUUUUUGCUCAAGCACAAAGCUGAACCGCUUUUGGAGUUGCUGCAGCAUUGCAUGUGGCGCACCUGCAAAUCGAAAGUGGAGCAUGAGUUGGGCAUACCACCGCAAACGGAGCUGGUGCAUCGCCUCGCGCUGAGCAAUGUGGAGUCGCUUUACUACCGCGAGGAGCACUUCAAGUGCACUGAACUCUUUCUGGAAGCCGUUGCCAAGCACACCAAGUACAAUCCCAAUACGUCCAGUUCACGUUUGGCUUCCAUUUCUCCACAACUGCUACGCAGCAUGUUGCAGCCAUUUUUGCGCAUACGCAAAACUUGUUCGGUGCCCGUGGUGAUCAAUAAGAAUGUUGCGACCACUAAUUAUUUGAAUCCACAGGAUUUGCUGGUGCAUCUCAAGACCAACAAUGAGAUGCAGUGCAAGCGAGAGCUGCGCACUUGGGCAUCUUCGUACAACGGUCUGGCGGCCAUACACUUUAUUCUCAAGCAGCAUAAAGAAGCGAUGCACAACUACAAACAGGUGCUGCAGCUAGCCAAGGACUACAACGAUGACAACAUCACGGUGGACAGCCUGCUGCAAAUUCAUGCGCUGCACAAUCUGCUGUCGGCUUCUGAAUUUGCUGCCGACGACGAAAAGCUCAGCGAAGAAGAGCUCCCCGCGUAUCGCCUCAAAUUGAACAGCUUGGAGCGCAAGUUCCUGGAAGAGAAGAUUGUUGUGCUGCUGGCAGCCGAGGCAGCCUAUGAAGCAAAGCUGGAGGAACUGGAUAAGUUGCAGCAGCAAUUCUCGUCAAGCAUUGUGCAACUGUUUGCCACCGUGGUCAACAUCAGCGACAAUUGGCACACAGCUGUUUGGCAUAAGAUUGGCGAGGAGUUCUUUAGGCAAAAUAUUUCCAGUGAAAAACUGCAGGACGUGAACUCAGUCACGGGAUUAAUCUAUAUACUGCACAACUGGCAUGACCGCUUGGAGAAGCAGCACAAACAAUUGCGCAAAGACUUUAAGUUUCUGAAGCGUAUGCUGCUCCAAGCCUGCGGUGCUGUCAGAGAAGGUGUCGCUCUCUCCGCGGACGCCAAUCAGUUCAUCAAAGUAGUCUCUGAUUGCCACUUGGCGGAUAUUAUGGAGGACAAACCAACUGGUGACAAAAGACAAGAUCCUCGCAAAAAACGGCAUUGCUCGCUGUGUAAAAUACAUGAGACUGUAAACAAGUUUGAGUGUCUGCUCUUUGACAAGGAACUAGGCAAGGAGGGCACCAUAACAGAUGGCUCCGAAAACUCAAGCAUGGAAAUUAUGCUCAUCAGAGUUGUUUUUGGUUAUUUGCGUGGCAGACACGAGUUCGCGGAAUGGAAGACAGAGUGUAAAAAUAAAUUGGAGCAGCUGGACUGCAUGCAGAGCCUGGAGAAGCUACAAAUCAAGUAUUGGAUUGAGGCAGAAUACGUAAUAAAGGCCUUUGAUGAGCUGGAUAUGUGCAAAAUGCGCAUACUGCUCACAGAGAAUCCCAAAGAGCAAUCGAACUUUCGCAUUUUACCAUAUCAACUGGAAGAGCAAACCAAGUUCAAUAUGGCGAAUAUUGAGGAGGCGCAGCUCAACUUUGUGCGGCUAUCGGGUCGCCUUAAAUACCUCAAGCAUUUAAAAGACGAUGCAGGCGACAAACCUUGUCCCAUUUGCCAAACUCUGGACGAUGAUCGCUAUGUGAUGUUGUCAUGUGGUCAUUACCUAUGCCAAGAAUGUCUGGAUACAAUGCGGAGUAAAUUUGGAAGGAAGAUAAAAUGUCCCAUAUGCCGACAAGAUUCACCACAAUUGUAUUAUUCCGUGAGAAAGGGCGUAAAUCGUCCCAAAAUCAUUGGCGACUUCUCCACGAAAAUUGUGUAUAUUGUGGAGCAGGUGCAAAAGAUUCAAGCCGAAGACGCUGAGCAAAAGAUAUUGAUCUUCUCGCAAUGGGCAACGAUACUGAAUCAUAUUGCUAGCGCACUGCAAAUGAAUGGCAUCAAGUAUCGCAACAAGUUCACCAAUCGCGACAUCGAUGAGUUCAAGCAACCCGAACUCAAGAUUACCUGCAUGCUGAUGCCACUGUCGCGUGGCUCCAAAGGAUUGAACUUGAUUGAGGCGACGCAUGUGUUUCUGGUCGAGCCCAUACUGACACCUGGCGAGGAGUUGCAAGCAAUAGGACGUGUGCAUCGUUUUGGCCAGACAAAGCCGACAACAGUGCAUCGCUUUAUCGUCAAUGGCACAAUCGAGGAGAAUAUUAUGACGCUUAUCAAAUCUGCCGACGACAGAUCCACAUUGUCCACGCACUGGGAUCUGGAUAACAUGACUUUGGACAGCCUUAAGGAUCUCUUUACGCUUAAGCAAACAGAUUAGACUACAACAAUGAUUGACUAUUUCGAUAUGUACAUAUAUACAUACAUAUGUCGGCACAUUGACACUGCGUAGUUGCAGUUGCGCAUUGGCACAUUGACAUGGCAUCAUCCGUUUUAGCAGGGCGACAGCGUAGUGUCGCUGUCACCGAGUAUGGUUCGGAAUGAUGAAGGGACGACGCAGGCAGUUGCGUUUAGAACGUGUGAGAAACCGAAACUCGCUGUGCUAAUACGAUGUCUGCCAGAAAUAAUGAUGCUGCGACAUAUCAUAUACAUACAUAUUGUAUUUGUAUUUUGUAUAGCUAUGUGUUGUACUUAGAAUUAAGAGUAAAGCUAGCUAACUAUAGGGAUGCAAAAAUUAUUGCUUUUAUCGAUGAUAAACAUUUCCAAAAUCUUAUCACACAUGAUCAAUCUUGAGGUCAUCGAUUGAGGUGCCCUCGGCAUGCGCUUUUUGCGCAUAGUAGCCAUCGUAGGAGCUUUGCGCCUUCUCGAUCUCCUGCUGCUGCUGCAGUUUCUGCAGCUGCUCGUACGCCGCUUCCUGGAUCUUGCGACGCUCCAUGUCCGCUCGCCGCUUCACCUCAUUCUCUUCGUACUGCUGUGCCUGCAGCUCCGCCGAGGCAGCCGCACGCUCUGCAGCUGCCUCUUGAUACUCGUCGUACGAGUGCAGAUUCUUGUCGGUUGCCUCCAGUUUGUGCAGCGAUGACAGCUGCUCCUUGGCCGCCUCGGCAAUCUCUUUACGCUUCGCAUCCGCCUUGCGACGCGCCUCACGUUUCAUGCGCUCCUGCUCCUCCAGUUCCUCGCGUGCCGCAUAGAACUUGGAUGAGAUGACAGGCGGGCGAUUCUCGUGCGUGCGCUGAUGUCGCUUCAGCGCCGUCUCCUGGCGGAAAUGUGUGCCACACGUCUUGCACUCAAAGGGCUUCUCGCCCGUAUGAAUCCAUUCGUGGUGUCGCAGCGUUUGCGCCUUGGCGAAACGCUUCGGACAAAAACGACAGGCAAAAUCCUUCACCUUCUCGUGUAUGAUCUUAUAGUGACGUUUCAUGUUGCCAAUGUUAUUGAAGCCUUGACCGCAACCCGGACAAAUGUGUUUGCCCUCCUUCUUGGUGAAGUUGACUUGAGGUGACCACGACGGCACCGAAACUGAGGGUAUGGGAUUGACAGCGGUGCCAGCCAGCUGUGAAAUGUCCACACGUUGCACACGACGCGGAUCCUUGGGUAUUGUGGCCACCGAUUCGGCGCACACUUUCAACAGUUCAUCAGCAGCAUUUUGCGACAUCAGGCCAUCGACAACGACGUCUGCGGGAUUGUGCGCUUGUGAGCCAACUACUUCGGCGAUGUCCGUGCUCUCAGUGGCUGCUGCUCCUGCUGUAGCACCUUCGCCCAGUUCCACCUGACGCUGACGAUACGUUUCCAUGGCCCGCAACACGCGCUUCUCGUGCGUCUUCAGAUGCUUCGUCAGGCUCUUUGGAUAGAGGAACUUCUUGCCACACACCUUGCACUCGCAACGCUUCUCCCCAGUGUGCGUCAUCUCAUGGAUCUUGCAGGCAUGCGACUUGCCAAAGGUCUUGCCACAAUAUUGACACGCAUAGUUUUUAAUCUUCUCGUGCACAAUCUUUAUGUGAUUGGCCAGACUCUGUUUGUUGUGCGACGCAUGCUCACAUAUAUGGCACUUGAACUUCUUCUCCUGCGUGUGUGUCAGAAUGUGUGUGUUCCACUCCUGUCGGGUGGUCUUACCCACGCCACAAUAGGGGCACACAUAGUUCUUGAUGCCCGCAUGCCGCAUCAGAUGAUCCUUGAGCGCGCUGUUGAUCACAAAGCGUUUGCCACAAAUGUUGCAGGGAAAGGGCAGCUCCUUGCCAUCGUGCUUAUACAUGUGCUUUUUCAGCGCCAUAGGACAACGGAAGAUCUUCUCACAUUCGGUGCAAGGAUAAUCACGAGGCGGCGCUGCCGCUUUCGAAAUAUUGUGCACCUUUUUCAUAUGGAAGGUGAGCAGACGUAUGCGCGGAAACGUUUUGCCGCAGCCCUCAACGCUGCACGCAUGAACCUCGGACAACUCCGUGUGGGCAUGAUCCACAUGCAGUCGCAGACCGCCAGCUGUAGUGAAGCCCUUGCGACAACUCUCCACUUUGCAUUGAAAGGGAAGCAGAUCGUUGUGGUGCUUCAUGUGCUCCUCGUAGCGUAUGGCCUUCUUGAACUUCUGAUGACAGAUGUGACAGUCGAUGAUGCGAUGCAGAUGUCGCUCAGCCGCCGGAAUACGCUUGCGUUUCGUCCUCGAUUUGACGCCCUCCUCAUCCGACUCGGAGCUGCCCUCAUCCUCCACAUCUUCAACUUGCUUUUGCGAACUCAUUUUGUUGCCUCGUAGACGUUGUGCCAGCGGCAUAUCAUCAUCAGCAUCACUGCUGUUGGGCUCAAAGUCCACAUCGUGAUCAUCGGCAAACGAAACACCAUCCUCAUCCUCAUCGUCGCCGCCGUCAUCAAACAUUUGCAUAAUGCCCGCCGCCUGAUCUUCUACAUCGGCCUUGACUUCCUUCUCAACCUCUUCAGCCUCUUUAUCGACAUGUUCGAGCAUUUUAAACACAUCCUCCUCGUUCUCAAUGAUCUCCAUUUUGUGAUUAAGCAGCGGAUCAUAGUUUAUGCGAUCCUCCUCCUCACCAGCCAAUUCCCCAUCUUGUGCUCCUCCAGCCACAUUCAGCACAUCAAAGUUAUCGAUGUGAUUGAGCGGUGUUGCAGUUGCUGCUGUUGUUGCUGUUACUCCAAAGAAAUUGUUGGCCACCAUCUGCUGAAAGCGUUGUACCGAGUCCACACACAGCUUCUGAAAAUCAUGCAGAUCAUUGAGCCGGCUAAAGCACUGUGUGCACAGAUUCAUAGGGAAGCCGUCUUGUUGCUCCACGGCAAGCGAAGUGCACACACACAACUUUUUGGCCAGACCCGGAACCAGAAAUAAAUCGUAGGCGACAUCAUUUUGCAGGAGGUUUAAGCAGAUGCGGCAUAUUGUGUGUAUGGAGUAUCCACUCCCUCCUUCAUUCAUUUUGUGACUACCGUAUUGUUGGC